UUGUGUCUGUGCCGUCCGCUAGGGGCGCCGCGCUUGUCCGCGGCUGCGAGAAACAGCGCGCGGUGUCGCCUAGCGACUAAGGACGCGGCUAGUGCGAGCAGCCGGUGUCUCUUUCGACGCAGGAUGGGUAAGAAGGUGAAGAAGUCGGCGGAAGGUCCCCCGAAAGACGCGUUUGAGCCGCUGCCCAUAGAGAGCCACAGUGUGGCCACGGUGGUGCUGAUGCUGCGUUCGCCUGAGCCUGACGUCUUGGCCAAAGCUUGCGAUGCUCUCCACCGCUUCGCUGGCAAAUGCGAGGGAAACAGAGCGAUGCUGAUGGACCUUGGGGUUGUGGAGCCUUUGGCCUCUCUGCUCACACAGGACGACAAGACCGUUCGCAGGAACGCCAUUGUGACCUUGGGCACGCUGGCAUCAAAUGUUGCUGUGAGGAAGAUCCUGUUGAAUGCAGAUGUCGUUUCACCUGUGUUAAAGCUGCUGUCACCUGAAGAGGAGGUGGUCUGCCACGAGUACGGCAGCCUUGUGCUGGCAUGCCUGGCACAGGAGUUUAAUGGCAAGGCAGGUGUGGUGGCACAGGGGGGCACCGCCUGUUUGGUCCGCCUGCUCACCAGUCCCGACCCUGAUGUACAGAAGAACGCCGUGGAAUGUCUCUCCCUGCUCGCGCAGGACACGGAGGGGCGCCUGGCAUUGCAUGCUUCACAUGCCGUGCCGCCUCUGCUGGACCUUCUGGCUUCGGAGUUUCCAGUCAUCCAGAAACUCGCUCUGGACACGCUGGUAGCGGUGGCACGCGACGGGGAGGGGCGCGGCGCUUUGCGCCAAGGGCUUGACCGCGUGGUCGGCAUCCUGAGCCAGAAGGAGUGGAUGGAUCUGCACGCACAAGCGCUGCAGGUGUUCACGCUGUGCCUGGGAGACGUGGAGACUAUGAGGCAGGCGCAGGGCAGUGGCACUUUGGAGACCAUGCUGAGCUUCGUGACUGCCUCCAGUCAACCUGACCUUCAGAGCCAUGCCACUCGUGCCCUUGCCCAUAUGGCUGGUUCCGACGAGAGCUGGGGGAUUCUGCACGAGCAGGGUGUGGAGGCGGUGAUGGUGGCGCUCUUGGGCUCUGCUGCCGGCGGCGAUGCGGUCCGAUCGGCUGCAGCUCACGCUGUGGCUGCCAUGAGCCAGCGCCAAGCUGGUGCCAUCGCCAUUCACAGUCACGGGGGCACUGCCCAGCUGGUGCGGCUCUUGUCCAGUGAGAGUGCGGAUGUACGGGAGACGGCUGUGCUGGCGCUCGCAAACCUCACGAGCACCCUCCCCGACACCUGCGGCACAGCGGCAGAAGGAGUAGAGGCUCUGCUGGGGCUGCUGGCUGCUGGGCGCUUGGCUGUACAGGCGGGUGCCAAGACGAGUCCUGCCGCCCAUGCGGCUGUGGUGUUGGCAAACCUUGCCGGGCUAGAGCACCUGGUGCCUGGAUUGCUGGCAAGCGGGGCUGUCGAAGCCAUAGCUGCGCUUUUGUCUUCCCCAAAUCCGCAAUUGCAGGGCAAGGCUGCGCUGGCGCUUGCUGGCUUGAUGUGCAGUGCCGAGGCUCGGGCACAGCUACGUAUAGUGGGCGGCCUUGCCCCGCUGGUUCAGAUGCUCGACUCAGACACGGUGGAGAUACGCCGCACGGCAUGCUGGGUGGUUUUCCUCUGCGCUGCGGACGAGCCCACAGCCAUGGAGAUCUGCCGCCUGGGAGGCUUGGAGAUGCUGCAGAGGCUGAACGAGUCGGAGACGCGCAGGAGUCGCUUCAGCGAGACGGCUCUGGCGCGCGUGCUGGACAGCAACCUCCCGCUCAAGUACAGCCGCACGGGGCGGCUGUCAGCACACAACACCAUCGCCGAUGGCUUCUAUGAUGCUGGCCCGCUGCGGCAGAGCGAGCACCGGCGCUCUCUGGAGGAGCUGGCGCGGACAGGGCCGAGCCGAAACCGCGCAGUACUCCUCGUCAACACGGCCCCUGCUGAGCAGCUGAACGUGGUUGAUCCCCUUGUGGAGAAGCCCCCAGACCCAGCGGCAAGUGGGCGUGUGUCCUCCCUCCAAGCCAAGGGCUCCAAGACUCCCAGUAAGACUAAGACCAAGGGACGGAAGGAGGAAGAACGGGCGCCGGAGGAGGAGGCCCCUGGGCCCGCCAUGCGGAUGGAAGGGGCCACCAUUGAGCAGCCGCCAUGGCAGCUACCCCCUGACCCCGAGCUGCGGGUGUUUGUCGAGGAGGCGAUUAGAGCGGUACUACCCUUGGCCUGCCCGCGCCUGCAGGCCGCCACUCUCGCCAGGCUUGUGUCUGAUAGGAUGGGAGGCCCGGUGGAGCGCGACUCUCUCAGCGACUUCAGCUGGGAGCUGCACGUAAGCCAGCUCAAGAACGAGCUCCAGUCCAACCUCAUCCCGCUGGGCCGCAUCCAGAGAGGAGUGCAGCCGCACCGAGCGCUGCUCUUCAAGGUGGUGGCCGAUCGCCUGGGUGUGCCCUGCAGCCUGGUCAGAGGUCCCUAUAACCAUGCCUGGAACGAGCUGCUUCUGCCGCCCGCGCCACCCCAGCCGGCGGUGCCUGCGGACGGCCUCUCUCAUCCUGCGUCUAACGGCCCUCUGCUAUUGCCCCCUCAGCUGCACGUUGUGGACCUCAUUCACAACGUAGGGGCGCUGCUCCAUGCCGACAGUGCCGAGGCCUCCAAUUACACGCAUUUGUGAGGUCACGUCUCCCCAGCCCCAAAGAGGAACCUGAAUGCACCAGUCACUGCAGCUACCAUCGCGACACCAUGGGUGACGGUCUUGCUUCUCAUGUUAGGGCAGAUAUUAGGCACCAAACAAUUCUCCACAUUCAGCUGAUGCAGUCAGGAUUUGGGGGAAUGAUUCACGAAUAUCUUUCAUUGGCGUUGUGAAUUAUAUAGAACAUGUGGAGGUGGUAAGGUACCCACGAAACUUUUUUUUUACGACCCAAUCGUUGACUGCUGUUCGUUUAAGCCAGAAGUGCCGCUUACAUGUACAAUUCUCAGCACUGUUAUGAAUGUAAUCAUUUGUAUUUCACGAGUUGUCACAUGCCUAGAAAGUCUAAGACAAUGGAAACUGGCAGACUAAUGCUCGCUGGCAGGCCAUGGUGUUGACAUUAUGCAACACAGGGACAGCUGCCACUGGGAAUUCCCUUUCAAAAUGUUUGAGAUGUGACGCAAGUCCAUAAUCGUGUGAAGGGCGCUCAUCAAAACAAAUGAUCAAUAUUAAUUGUACAUGCCGGGAGUGUUAACUAAAGGGACAUUGCCACUCAAUCUCAUUUUGUUCAAUUUCAUACAGAGACAGUGGAAAAUGAGGCUAUGCAAAACCUGCGAAGUUCCAUUCUUCGGUAUCAAUGCAAAAGAAAUGUGCACACGAGUGGACCGGUUUUGUUAUACAUGUUGCCAAAUUUUCUACCAACUCUCUUCGCAUGUACGAGUAUACAUAACACAAUACAAAACUGACAGUUGAUGUUUUAUUUGAAUGUACAUUAUGAAACAACAUUGCAGUACAAUACCAAACAAACGGUACGAACCUAAAAUUCUGAGUAUUUACAGCUCCGCCAGAGGUGAUUGUGCUGGGCAACAUGAAUGUAUAAAACUUACGGUGUUGCAAUAUUUCUGAUUUUAUGUCAAAUUGCUGUGAAAAAAAUGUUAUUCUCCAGAA